GGAUUGUAUAGAAAAUGCAAACAUGCCAGCAAGUUCACAUUGCGAAUACAUAACAAUUUGUGAUUUCCAAUGUAAAUGCACUGUUUUUUUUUACCAAUAUCACAGCUGGAGACAUAAUUGAACAUGGGCCAUAUUCGAGGAGAGGUCAGCGGUGGGAUGAUGCGCUCUCUAAGGUAGAGGCAUUCCCAAGUGACGAUGAUCGCACCCGUCGUGAAUUUUCUGACCUAUUUGGAUCGCAUGCACCUUCUUCACGAUCAUUAUCUUCAAAUAUUAUAGCCGUGGCACAUCCAGCCAUGCAACCUGACGACGACCCCAUCAAGCUAGGAGAGGCUACUGACCAGGACGAGGAUCCUAUGGAACAAAUGGAUCCACUCGGCCCGUCCAAAACUAAAAGAAAAACACGACAACGGAGACAGGUCGGUAAAGCACCCAGACCAAUUAGACAUACGUGUCCCGUUCCGUCCUGCAAAGGCCAGGCAGUUAAUAUCUUAACGCAUAUGAAGCAGGUGCAUCCCACAAUUCCAAAAUGGAAAGAUGAAACUAUGGUAAGAAAGGCAAAGAGGGAAUUGGCUAGUGAAGUAAAAAGAGUGUAUCCAAAAUACGUCUGUUCACUGUGCAAGAAACCACAAACGAGAAUAGAUAUUUAUCUGAAAAAGACAAAUAGGCUGGCAAAGGGUAGCGCAGAAUACCAAGAUGCAAAAUCAGCAGCUACAAUAUUAGUAGACAAAGACAGUAAGAAGCAAUUCUCAGAAAUAUCACAUGUGCUCGAUGAGUUUAAUGAUUAUCUAUCAAGUUUUACGGGGGGAAAUAUUGUUGAGCACGUCGUCAAAGCACACGUACAGAGAGUAAAUACUAUUUUGCAAAUGAUCGAAACACCCCCCACCGUCAAAACAAUUCAAAGACUAGAGGAGAUAGGCGAAAAAGCCGGUGUAGUUUCUGAACUCGAGAAGAAAUCAUUGAAAUCAAGCACAAUUGUAAUGUACCUCUGGAGUGUAGAGAAAUUUAUUGAAUUCAUGGAGAUUUCCUGUCAGCAUCUGUACCAGGGCUCACUUGAGAAACUCAAGCAGGUUAUAGGCAAUGUGAAGAAAGCAGUACAGAAAGACGUAAAAAAGGCAGAAUUAGAAGCAAAAAUUGCAGAACAUAGCUCAGAGAUCCCCAUGCAAUACAUCAGAAAAUAUCACGAUUCUGCAGCAGCAAAUAAUGCGGUAAAAUGCUUAGAACCCGACAGAAUUAUUACAGAGGCAGCGUUUAUAAAUGUGCGAAAUCAUCUCAUGCUUUCUGCGAUUCUUAUUAAUGCGCGGAGGGCAGGAGACAUAAUGAAUAUGACAGUUGAGGAGUUAAGGUCACCACUGACUGACGAUGAUGGGAAUAAUAUCAUUCUAGUUAAAGUCCAUAAGACGAGAGCGACAUUGGUAUGCCGCAUAAACCUACACGGACAUUUGUAUAAGCAAUAUCAGCUGUUCGUUGAUAACGUGCGGCCGUUUGUGCCAAACCCCGUAGGGAAUGUGUUUACUAGUAGAACAGGGCAAACUCUUACGAACUCGGCAUUUAAUAAAUCCAUUAACGAAGCGUGGAAAACUUCGAAAGAGAAGUAGGAAAACCUCUACAAAGAAUAAGUGCUUCUUUGAUGCGCAAAUGGGAGCAACGCGAAACGAUGAACAUCAUAUGUGCCAUUCGGUACACACAGCCGACAAGCAUUAUGACCUUACACUAGAUAUCCAAAAAACAAUAGCUGCCACUGAAGGCGUAAGAAAAAUGUUUAGAACUGUUAUGGAACACAUUUUUGAAAAUGAGUCAGAAAGUUUUAUUAAACCACCCACAGAACAGAUUGGUGUAGAAGAUACAUUCGUAGAACAUGGUCGCAGAAAAUUUAGACCAAAAGAUGCACAGCUGUUAAAAAUAGCCAUGGCAAGGCUCGUUAAAACGAAAACAAGUGAAAUGCAAUCAAAACUUGGUUGGAAAGAGGUAAUUCAGGAAAUAGAAAACUCAGGCCCUAGUUUC